GCCGGCCGGGUCUGCUUCCGGGGCGCGGGCCGCGCGUCGUCGUCCUGCGCCGAGCGGGAGUCGCAGCUCCGGUCCGCCGCGUCCCGCGCCCGCCCGGUGGCCGUCGGCGCCAUGAACAAGAAGAAGAAGCCGUUCCUGGGCAUGCCCGCGCCGCUCGGCUACGUGCCGGGGCUGGGCCGGGGCGCCACCGGCUUCACCACCCGCUCGGACAUCGGGCCCGCGCGCGACGCCAACGACCCCGUGGACGACCGCCAUGCGCCGCCCGGCAAGAGGACGGUCGGGGACCAGAUGAAGAAGAGCCAGGCGGCGGACGACGACGACGAGGACCUGAACGACACCAACUACGACGAGUUCAAUGGUUAUGCCGGGAGCCUCUUCUCGAGCGGCCCUUACGAGAAAGAUGACGAGGAAGCGGACGCUAUUUACGCAGCUCUAGAUAAAAGGAUGGACGAGAGAAGAAAAGAGAGAAGGGAGCAGAGGGAGAAAGAAGAAAUCGAGAAAUACCGUAUGGAACGCCCUAAGAUCCAGCAGCAGUUUUCAGAUCUCAAAAGGAAGCUGGCAGAGGUCACCGAGGAGGAGUGGCUGAGCAUCCCUGAAGUGGGCGAUGCCAGGAACAAGCGCCAGCGGACCCCACGCUACGAGAAGCUCACUCCUGUUCCCGACAGUUUUUUUGCUAAACACUUACAGACUGGAGAGAACCAUACUUCAGUCGACCCCCGGCAGACUCAAUUUGGAGGCCUCAACACGCCCUACCCAGGUGGACUGAACACUCCCUACCCGGGUGGAAUGACCCCAGGACUCAUGACACCCGGCACAGGGGAGCUGGACAUGAGGAAGAUCGGGCAAGCCAGGAACACCUUGAUGGACAUGAGGCUGAGCCAGGUGUCUGACUCAGUGAGUGGGCAGACUGUUGUUGACCCCAAAGGCUACCUGACAGACCUGAACUCCAUGAUUCCAACCCAUGGUGGGGACAUCAAUGACAUCAAGAAAGCACGGCUGCUCCUCAAGUCUGUUCGGGAGACGAACCCUCAUCACCCACCAGCCUGGAUUGCGUCAGCUCGCUUGGAGGAGGUCACCGGGAAGCUGCAAGUAGCUCGCAACCUUAUCAUGAAGGGGACGGAAAUGUGUCCCAAGAGUGAAGACGUUUGGCUGGAAGCUGCCAGGUUGCAGCCUGGGGACACAGCCAAGGCUGUGGUGGCCCAGGCCGUACGGCACCUCCCACAGUCUGUCAGGAUCUACAUCAGAGCAGCAGAGCUGGAGACAGACAUCCGCGCCAAGAAGCGGGUUCUUCGGAAAGCCCUUGAGCAUGUGCCGAACUCCGUUCGCUUGUGGAAGGCGGCCGUUGAACUGGAAGAGCCGGAAGAUGCUCGGAUCAUGCUCAGCCGUGCUGUGGAGUGCUGCCCCACUAGUGUGGAGCUCUGGCUUGCUCUGGCGAGGCUCGAGACCUACGAGAAUGCCCGCAAGGUCUUAAAUAAGGCCCGAGAGAAUAUCCCGACAGACCGGCACAUCUGGAUCACAGCUGCCAAGUUGGAGGAAGCCAACGGGAACACCCAGAUGGUGGAGAAGAUCAUCGACCGUGCCAUCACCUCGCUCCGGGCCAAUGGCGUGGAGAUCAACCGUGAGCAGUGGAUUCAGGAUGCCGAGGAGUGUGACAAGGCUGGGAGUGUGGCCACCUGCCAGGCAGUCAUGCGUGCUGUGAUCGGCAUCGGGAUCGAGGAGGAGGACCGGAAACACACGUGGAUGGAGGAUGCAGACAGUUGCGUGGCCCACAGUGCCCUGGAGUGUGCGAGGGCCAUCUACGCCUACGCCCUGCAGGUCUUCCCCAGCAAGAAGAGUGUGUGGCUGCGCGCAGCCUAUUUUGAGAAGAACCAUGGCACCAGGGAGUCCCUGGAAGCGCUUCUGCAGAGGGCCGUGGCCCACUGCCCCAAAGCGGAGGUGCUGUGGCUCAUGGGGGCCAAGUCCAAGUGGCUGGCAGGGGAUGUGCCCGCAGCAAGGAGCAUCCUGGCUCUGGCCUUCCAGGCCAACCCCAACAGUGAGGAGAUCUGGCUGGCGGCCGUGAAGCUGGAGUCGGAGAACAACGAGUACGAGCGUGCCAGGAGGCUGCUGGCCAAGGCACGGAGCAGCGCGCCCACCGCCAGGGUGUUCAUGAAGUCAGUGAAGCUGGAGUGGGUGCUGGGCAACAUCGCCGCCGCCCAGGAGCUCUGCGAGGAGGCGCUGCGGCACUACGAGGACUUCCCCAAGCUCUGGAUGAUGAAGGGGCAGGUGGAAGAGCAGGAGGGGCUGACGGAGCGCGCGCGGGAGGCCUACAGCCAGGGGUUGAAGAAGUGUCCUCACUCCACACCGCUGUGGCUUCUGCUGUCGCGGCUGGAAGAGAAGAUCGGGCAGUUGACCCGGGCGCGGGCCAUUCUGGAGAAGUCUCGCCUGAAGAAUCCCAAGAACCCUGGUCUGUGGCUGGAGUCCGUGAGGCUGGAGUACCGUGCCGGGCUGAAGAACAUUGCCAACACACUCAUGGCCAAGGCACUGCAGGAGUGCCCCAGUUCCGGUGUCCUGUGGUCUGAGGCCAUCUUCCUGGAGGCCCGGCCCCAGAGGAAGACCAAGAGUGUGGACGCCCUGAAGAAGUGUGAGCACGACCCCCAUGUGCUGCUGGCAGUGGCCAAACUGUUCUGGAGUGAGCGGAAGAUCACCAAGGCCCGGGAGUGGUUCCACCGCACAGUGAAGAUCGACUCUGACCUGGGGGAUGCCUGGGCCUUCUUCUACAAGUUCGAGCUGCAGCACGGCACAGAGGAGCAACGGGAGGAGGUCCGCCGGCGCUGUGAGAACGCGGAGCCGCGGCACGGGGAGCUGUGGUGCGCCGUGUCCAAGGACAUCGCCAACUGGCAGAGGAAGAUGGGGGAGAUCCUUGUGCUGGUGGCAGCCAGCAUCAAGAAUAGCUUCUGAGUGCCCACCCGCUGCUCCCCGCAUUAAAGCUAGUGCAGGCCACA